AUCCGAUAAGCUUGUGCUGGUUACAGGCAAAAAAAAAUAAUAAAUAAAUACUGAGACAGAACCGAGGGCAUAACUUUAAGACACAAGUUACAAAACCGCCUUGGAUUUUCUUGUCUUUGGGCUUACAAAAUAAAAAGAAGGAAAAUGUCCGAAAGACUUGAUGAACAAAUUUUGAUGAACAUUCUAAACAUGACUUUGAACGAGUCGUACAACCGGGAGCAGCAACCUGUGAAACCCAUCGGAGCCCAGCUCAGCAGCAACACCUUGACUUCAUCUUACCAACUCUCCAGCUAUGACGACGUCAACGGUGCUGAACAGCUCGACGACGCCCCCUGCUGGUCCUUCGACAGAAGCUUUUGGACCCAGCCAGAACCCAGCAAGAGACUUUCUCAGUUCAGGACCGACCGGUCCGUCAGCCUGACAGAGAAUAGCAUCUCGGGAUUUGGAGGAGCCAAGACCUUGGCUGUACCUCCACCCCCGGGAUUUCCACCUCUGAGUGCCCAGACACCCCUCCCGUCCAACCGCUACAAGACGGAGCUCUGUCGCAGCUACGAAGAGAGCGGCAUCUGCAAGUAUUUGAACAAAUGUCAGUUCGCCCAUGGAGCCAGCGAGCUGCGUACCCUAAACCGUCACCCCAAGUACAAAACCGAGAUGUGCCGUACUUUCUACAACUUCGGCUACUGUCCUUACGGAGCCCGCUGUCACUUCAUCCACCAGGAAAGUUUUUCUUCCAACGACGUGCAACCAAACCAAACCCCACAGCCUCGGCAGCAGCAGCAGCAGCAGCAGCCCCGCAUGUUCCGCCAGAGCGUCAGUUUUGCCGGCUUCCUGGGUUCAAGAAGCUCCCCUCCUCCCUCUCUCCAGGACCCGCUGGGCUUCACGCGUGCCCCGUCAGUGUCGCCGCCUCCCGCUGAUCUGCAUUCCCCGGUCUUUACCCGGACCGGCGAGGCUGCGCCGCAGCCCACCAAGAACGCCUUCCAGUUUUGCAAAAACCGUCAGAUCCUGAGCGAAAGCAACCGCCUUCCACGUGUUCCGGAGCCCAACAGCGGCUCCCGCUCCCUCUGUGCCGCCGGGAAAAGCUUCCAGAGCACACACGGCAAAGUGAGUCCGAAAGACGGCCAGAACGUCUUCAUUCCACGCCCGAACCUGCAGCGUUGCGCUUCGGAAGAUUCGCUCUCUGACCGGGACAGUUACAGCUCGGGCAGCCUUAGCGGCUCCGAGUCCCCUACCUUUGAUAGCACGGGUAACAGGCGGCUUGUGGUUUUCACUCGCUUGUCUGUUUCCGACUGAAAACAAACCAAAAAGACUUUAAAAUGAAUGCUG